AUGGCAAGUACUUUAAGGAAACGCGCUAAAAGAAAAGAUACUUCACAUUUGUUUAAAAAUAAUAGUGCGUUUGAUAACUCAAAUACAAUAAUUAUGCUAACUGAACAAGAAUCACAAUGGAUUCUUGAAAGUUCUUUCAAGCUAAAACUGAUG